AUGCUCACGACGACGACCCCGACGCUGACGGCGCCCAAGCCCCUCGUGGCCGGCAAGAAGCCGCAGAACCCGACCGCCAAGUUUGUCAUCGGUGCUGGCGUCGCCUGGUCGUAUGAGCUCGCGCUCGGCCACUUUUUCGAGUUUAUCAAGGUCAUGAAGCAAACGCAGGGCCACAAGUCGUAUCUCGAGCUCGGCCGCGAAAUCACCAAGGCCAAGGGCAUUUACGGCAUCUGGGACGGCUUCUUCCCGUGGGGCACGGUGCAGGCCAUCGCGAAGGGCUCGGUCUUCUCGUGGGGCCAGGCCUUUGCGCGCAUGCAGAUGGUGCCGCUCGUCAAGCAGGGCACGCUCAGCGACCGCACGGCCGAGAUCAUUUCCGGUGGCUUUGGCGGCGGCGUCCAAGGUAUCUUUCUCUCGCCGACAUUGCUGCUGAAGACGCGCGUCAUGACGGACCCGGUGUUCCGCAACAAGAUGACGGGCUGGGAAACGUGCAAGAAGUCGGGCCAGGUCGGCAUGAACGUCAUUCGCCACGAAGGCAUUUCGGCGCUCAUGAAGGGCAGCAUCGUCUUCUCGCUCAAGCGCGUGGCCGACUGGUCGACGCGCUACGCGUUCUGCGUCCUCACGGAAGAGGCGCUCUUCAAGGGCGACGACCCGAAGAAGAAGCUCACGGUCACGGAAGAGCUCGCGUCGUCGCUGAUUGGUGGUACCCUCUCGUGCAUUGCGACGCUUCCCGUCGAUGUCAUGGUCGCGCAGAUCCAGCAGGCCUCCAAGGCCGGCGCCAACGUCGGCAUCAUCUCGACCUUCAAGGACGAGUACGCCAAGGGCGGCAUGAAGCGCCUCGUCGGCUUCUCGAUGGCCGGCUUUAUCCCGCGCUGCUUGCACUGCGCGUUCACGACCAUGGUCAUGAAGACGGGGUGCUCGGUCGUCUACGACAUGUACGAGCAGUACACGGACGCCAACUAAGUAUAUGAUGAUGUCGAGUGAUAUCAAGUAGUCGUAGUAAGUUUUGUAAUUAACAUCUUCCAUCAAUG